AUGCACACGGUGACUGGUAUCGUGAAAGGCGAUCGAAAUAUGAGGAAAUCAAAUCUUGACGCGGAAGCCAGAUAUGUACCGCAGGCUCGUCGGCACCGUCAAGCACGGCUUGAAGGCCAGGCCCUAUGCAGACGCACGUCAGCAUCGGCGGCACGGCAACGGACGGCCUCGGAAGGGAGGGGAGAUGCGGCCUACGUAGAAACCGAUGCCGCGCCUCGUCGCUACCCCCUUUCGCCGCGGUUCGAUGCCGGCCCUCGGGACGCAAACGGAUGCGCCCUCGCGCGGCCGCUCGUGGAGGCUCGGUGGAGGCUCGGUGGAGGCACGGCUUCGCGGGGAGGACCGGCAGGUAGGGGGGGUGGCCUCGGGGAAUUCGAACGAGCCCGCAGGCGGCGUGUGCUGCCGGACGUUGCUCGGGCCCGGGGCAAGCAGAGGCGGCCCAUCGGCACGGGCCCGAGGCAAGCAGAGCGGCCCAUCGGCACCGGACCAGGCUCGACGGCGUCGGCCGACGGACGAGAGGACGAUUCGUCGAUGGAUGUGAGGUUGGUUUGUCGACGGACGAGAGGGCGAUUCGUCGACGGACGAGAGGGCGACUCGUUGGCGGACGAGAGGGCAAUUCAUCGACGGACGAGAGGACGAUUCGUCGACGGACAAGGGCGAUUCGUCGACGGACAAGGGCGAUUCGUCGACGGACAAGGGCGAUUCGUCGACGGACAAGGGCGAUUCGUCGACGGGCGAGAGGGUGUUUCAUCGACGGCGGCAGGGUCGUGUCGAUUGCGCCGGCGAUUCGAAGGCGUCGCGAAAGGUCUCGGUCCGCGCAGGUCGAGCAUGACGACGUCGUGCGUAGCCCCCCCAGCGCGCCUCGCCCUCUCCCCAAGGCGUAGCAAGGCAAAGAAGAAGAAUAAAGCGCGGGACGGACGCGUCGAACGCAGCCCAUCCGAGGCGCGGCUUGACAAGGCGAUAUAUAUAUAUGCAUGCGACAAAGAACAAGAAUAG